AUGGUUGCCACUCGUUUCACCAAGGCUGUCUUGGCCUCUUCCCUCGUGGGCGCCGCUUCGGCCGCUGUCCUGGACCUGCCCGUCUUCAUCAAAUGGGGUUACAAAAUGGUUGAGUUUGACGUUGGAACACCUGGUGAAAAGUUCCAGCUCGUCUUCGACACUGGAAGUUCCUCUGCUUGGAUUGUGGAUGCCGAUUGCGCCGAGAAUUGCUCACACAUCUUGAAGGGCAACCGAACCGGAUACAACAUCUCUGAGUCUUCGACCGGAAAAUUGACUGGAGAUGAUGCUACUAUCGAAUACCUCGGAGGUGCAGUCGAGGGCCCUACCGUCCAGGACAAGCUCUCUGCUGGCGGUCUGACCUGGGACUCCAAGUUCAUUGCUGCCAACACGAGCAACUGGUCCUCUCUCCCUGCCGCUGGUUUCAUGGGUCUUGGAUUCGAUAGCAUCACCGAUGGAAACGCCACCCCCAUUUUCUCUUCCAUGAUGCGACAGAAGCUCGUUGAUGAGCCCAAGUUCGGCAUCUACUACUCUGUCGCCGACGGUGAUGACACCAACGGAAAGCCUGGCAACGGCCUCCUCACUCUCGGAGGAUCUCGUGAGGACAAGUACGUUGAGGGCGACUUGAUGACCUUCCAGAUCGGCACCAACGAUGGCGACUUCGACGUCUGGCGAUCCGGUCUGUUCGGCCUCACGGGCAACCAAGGCAAGAACCAGAGCCACAGGAUCGAGACAUACGGCAUGACCACCGUCUUUGACACUGGCGCUUCUAGUAUUACAGUCCCCAAGUCCUACAUCGACGAGCUUUACGAGUCCAUCGGCAUGAACUACAGCGCCAUCCUCUCCCAUGAUCACGUCCCCCUCUGCAGCGAGUUCACCAAGGAUUGGUCUGUCACCUUCAAUGUCGGAUUCUACGAUAACAACGUCAACAUCACGGUACGAGGAGACCAGCUCAAGCUUCCUGGCUUUGCCAACCGUGAUGACGCUUGCUGGCCUCCUUUCGAUGACGGUCCUGAGGGUUAUGCUCUUAUUGGUACCCGAUUCAUGCGAAACUUCUACACCGUUUGGGACUACAGCCUUUUCCCUGGUGAGGAGGGAUAUCAGGAUCCUAAGCUUUCUUUCGGUUACCUCAAGGAGGGUUUCUAA